AUGUAUGAAGUUUGCAUGACUAGCAUGGUGGAGGAUGCAGACCUCGUACCAGCCUGCUCCAUUCUCGAGGGUCUCUGCUCCAUGAAGGCGUGGGAGUCGAUCGUGCGCGUACUCUACUACCAGGGACCUUCACGGCCCGCCGGGCUGUCCAACCAACGCUCCAUCGAGAAGGCCAUACGCAAAAACGUCGCGCCGCUGUGGCGGGAGCUUCACCAAAAUCUCACUCGCCAAGCUUUCGUAGUACAAGCCCGCUAUGAUGUCCUCAAGGACAGGGACUUUGGGUCGGAGCCGACGCAGCCGCCCCUAGACACGAACGCGACGCCGGGCAUCCUGCGCUGGACCGACUUUCCUGAUCCUCCUCACGGAAAGCCGCUUCUAACGCAGCGCAAAAUCGUCGAAUUGUGGGAGCAGCGUUCAUUGCCAUCGAUCCUAGAAGACAACCACCACCGCUUCAAGGGAGAGGUGAUAGAGGAGACGUAUCGGUUCUUCAGGGACGAGGUCGAGUUCUGCCUCUGCAAGCAAUACAUCUUCAACCGCAUCCAACGAUUCGCGCCCCUCGAGCAGCGCGAAGGGUUCCUGUCGCUCCCGGCCACGCACUUGCCGGCCUGGGACAGCCUCACGCCCGUUGACGUGCAAGGGCGUUGGAUCUUGCAGGUCAAGACGCACGUGCUGCAGGACAACAAGCCCGACGAGAUUCGAAAGGCGCAGGACGUGCUGAUGGCGCUGCGCAACGAGCUGGACGGGGUCUUUGACUUCCGCCCGAUUGACAGAAAGGUUUACGAUACCCGGGUAGCGAUGCGGCAGCAGGCCGUUCAUACGCUCCCGCAAAAGGUCACGGUUGGGAAGAACUAA